GCCACAUCCACAACACUUUCAGCUGUCUCUCAGUCAGUCCUCAUUCACUCCCUGCUGCUGGAACUCCAAGAGAAACACCAGAACGAGGCACAAUGAAUCAGAAGGUGGUUCUCAUCACUGGCUGCUCCUCUGGAAUUGGUCUUGCCCUGGCUGCCCGCAUUGCGAAAGAUGAGAAGAAGAGGUUCAUGGUCUACGCUACCAUGAGGAACCUGGGUAAAGGUGAGGCUUUGGUUGAGGCAGCAGGUCGGACUCUGGGCAGGACGUUGGAGAUCAAACAGCUGGAUGUUUGUGAUGAGGUCUCCAUCAAAGCCUGCGUGGACAGUUUGCCUGAGCGCAGGGUGGACAUUCUCAUCAGUAAUGCUGGAAUGGGUCUGAUUGGACCUAUCGAGUGUCAGUCCAUUGAUGAGAUGAAGACUGUCAUGGACACCAAUUUCUUCGGGCUUGUGCGGUUGCUAAAGGAGAUACUGCCUGACAUGAAGAGGAGGAAAAAAGGCCACAUUGUGGUCAUUAGCAGCGUCAUGGGCAUUCAGGGAAUUUUAUUCAAUGACGUCUAUGCAGCAUCCAAGUUUGCAGUGGAGGGCUUCUGUGAAAGUUUAGCUGUACAAGCCCUGAGAUUUAACCUCAAUAUCAGCUUGAUAGAACCAGGUCCGGUGAUAACAGAGUUUGAGCGUAAGGUCUACGAGGAGGGAAUGAAGACUGACCUUAGCAAAGCUGACAAAGUGACCGCCGACAUGUUCAUAAAUAUCUACUUGAAGAACUACAGUCAAAUCUUUGAUACCCUCGGACAGACUCCAGAGGAUAUAGCAGAGCACACUUGGAAGAUCAUCACAAUGGACGAUCCGCCUUUUCGUCAUCAGACAAACACUCUUUACACUCCUAUGACCACACUCAAAUAUGCUGACCCCAAUGGCGACCUCCCUAUUGACACGUUUUACAAAAUGGUCUUUGAACAUGACAAGGUUUUCAACACCAGUCUGAACUUCAUCAAACUUCUGCGCUGGAGAAGUCGAAAAAGCUUUACUCUGGAAAAGACGGAAAAGGACAACUGA